AUGGCGUUUCCAUUGACCUUCCCGAAAAGUAGGGAGCUGACUGGAGGAGAUCUCCUCGCCCAAUCACUGAAGCAGCUUGGCACCGAAGUGGCAUUUGGACUGCACGGCGGCCAUCUCGAUGCCUUCCUCGUGGGCUGCGAGACCAUUGGCAUCCGUCUCGUCGACACGCGGCACGAGACGGUGGCCGUACAGGCCGCGGAGAGCUACGCAAAAAUGACAGGCAAGACAGGCGUAUGCUUCAUCACCGCGAACAGCGGCUUCUCCAACGGCCUCCCGGGCCUCGCCACCGCCUUCGCCGACCGCAGUCCCAUCCUCUGCAUCACCUCGUCGGUGCCGCUGCGCGACCAAGAAAACAACUCGCUGCAGGGCCAAAUCGACCAGAUCGUCGCCGCGCGGCCCCUCACCAAAUUCGCCCAUCGCGUCACCUCCGCCGAAGACCUGCCCCGCCUGGCCGCCCACGCCGUGCACGUCUCGACGGCAGGAGCACCGGGGCCCGUCCUCCUCGACAUCCCAAUCGACGUCCUCUUCUCCCCCAUCCACACGCCGCUCAUCUCCUGGGGCUCCAUCACCAACCCACCCGCCCACCUGCCCGGUCCAUCCCGCGGCGCCAUCGCCGAAGCAGCCAGCCUCAUCCGCGCUGCCGCCAGGCCCGUCCUCAUCCUCGGCACGGGCGCCGCGACCUCUCCCACCGCCGCGUCGGCCCUGCGCAGCUUCGCGGCGGCGGCGCCGGGCGUGGCGAUCGUGACGAGCGGCAAGUUCGCGCGGCUGGACGCGCUGUACGCUGUGCCGACGUACGCAGGCGCGGCGAGCAGUCUGGCCGCGGUGCAGCAGGCCGGAAAGGCGGCGCCGGACUGCGUCGUGCUGCUGGGCGCGCGGACGGGGAUGUAUCUGGGCGGGCAGAGCGGCGGCAUCGUGCCCGCGAAAGACGCGGGGUGCCGCAUCAUCCAGAUCGACACGGAUGGCGGGGAGAUAGGAAGGACGUUUCCCGUUGCGGUGGGGAUGGUGUCGGAUGCGGCAGAGGCGCUGGGGGCGCUGGCUGCUGCCCUCUCGUCGACGUCCUCCGCCUCUGGGGGGAAGAAGGGGGAUGACGCAUGGCUUCAGUCCCUCCUCGCCCUCCGCACCGCGCCUAGCCCCUUCGACGCGGCCCCCAAGGUCGUCCAGGAAACGGGCAUGCCGCACCCGCACCACGCGCUGACGGCCUUCUUCGCGGCGCUGCCGCGCGACUCGCGGCCGAUCGUCGUGCUGGACGGCGGGGAGGCAGCGCUGUGGGCGGGCUCGGUCGCCGGUGCUGCUGCUGCCGCGGCGGCGGCGGGGGGCGAGGGGUGCAGGCCUGCGGCGCUGAUGUCGUCGACCGGGUAUCUGGGGUUCCUGGGGAAUGGGUUCGGGUACGCGUUGGGGAGCGCUGUGGCUGCUGAGGGGGAGACGGAGGGGGAGAAGAGCAGCAAGCCGCUCGUCAUCCUGAUCACAGGCGACGGCGCGGCCGGGUUCCACUUCAUGGAGCUGGACUCGUUCGCGCGGCACGGAUUGCGCGUGCUGACGGUGGUUGUGAAUAACGCGUGCUGGGGCAUGAGUCGGAACGGACAGGAUCUCGUGUACGGAGGGAAGACGCCGGCGAGGCCGAUCAGCGGGUUGAGUGCGGCGGUGGACUACGCGGCUGUGGCGAGGGGGCUGGGGUGCGCGGGGGAGAAGUGCGAGAGGUUGGAGGACGUGCCGGCGAAGGUAAGGGCGUUGUUGAAGGGCGGGGUGGGGGCGGCGUGCUUGGAUUUGAGGGUUAGUGCGAAGCCGACGCAUCCCGGGACGGAGGCGAUGGUGAGUAUGGUGGAGGAUGAGAGGGUGGUUGUGGUGCCGUAUUACGAUAACGUGCCGCGGCCGCACUAUAAGCUCUGA